AUGACGCAAGAGUGCAUGGUCAACACACACCUACCUAAAGCGCCUACGUUCCGCUUGCAACCAAUACAUGCACAACCUAACUUGCACGAGAUUCAACAACCGAAACUACUGGUAGUCCCGAGGGGACGGCAUCCUCAAACAAAAAAGAAAGAGUUAGCAGUACUGAACAAGCGAGUCAUCGAACGAAGGACGGAGUGGAGGAUGGAGGCGGAUCGGUUGGAACGCGGGCUAGCCGGCCGGGAGGUUCGAUUCCUCCCCGAUUCCUAUUUACUCGAUCCAUUGUUCCCUUGUUCGUGCUUAAGGUUGAAUGAUACAAGCAGGAAGCAAACAACAGGAAGAACCAGAGCGGGUGUAGAUGCUCGGGAAGGAACGGGAGCUGAAGCAACAGGAAUUGGUCAACGAGUAGGAAGACUUGGAAAUUAUUUGGAAAAAGUUACGGAUGCUCGUAAUAGAGAUUCUGAUCUUCGUUAUCGGGAGUAA